GGGGCGUGAGGAGACCAUUUGCCCGUUUGUUUUUUUGGUGGAUCGGUAGUGGAAGUGCAGUUUUCUUCUUUGUAGCAGUGUCGAGUUUGGUGCGUUGUGUGAGUGUGUUCGUAUCGCAAGUUUUCACUUCCCCCGUUUCUCCGAUCCUCAGUGUGUACAAAAUCCUGAAGCGAAUUCUGAUGUCUUCAUCUGAAUUUGAGGCUCUUUCACAAGAUGAUCUCCGGAAACAAUUAUACCAGACAUUUAAAACCCGAGGUGUUUUGGACACACUUAAGAUGCAAUUCCGUAAGCAGCUGAUACAUGAACUAAUAAAUCCAGUUUUAUGUAGAGAAAUUCUUCCAAAGGCUACUUCUAGUGAAUGCAGUUCAUUGAUCAUUGUUGCGUGUAAUACUUUGGUGGCAGAUCACUUGCGGAGAUGUGGCUAUGAAUAUUCACUGUCUGUCUUUUACCCAGAAAGUGGAUUAGAAAAGGAUAAAGAGCUUAAUAUACAAGAUCUGCUCCAGCUAAUUAGGAUCAGUCCAACAAGUGACCUUUAUAAAAUGCUGAUUUCAGAUUUAACAAAAACCAGCAUGAAAGGCUUUCUUAUACAGAUUUUAACAGAAGUGGUAGAAUACAAUUUCUGUAAGGAGACCUGUAAUGCAGAAACUCAGACAAGUUCAGCACUCUACAAAGAAUCUCUUGCUGAGAAACUUCAACUAAUUGAUGAACAGUUUGCAGACAUGUAUCCUCAGCGUCAUUUAUCUGAGUCUUUUCAUGUAAAACUUGCUGAAUAUAAAAGAGAAAUAGAACAGCAGCUGCAGGCAGAAAUGUGGCAAAAGUUACAACACUUCAAGGAUGUUGAAAUUGCCAAAAUCAAAAUGGAUGAAAGGGCAAAAUUCCAGAAAGAACUUUCAGAACUUCAGAAAGAGUUUCAAAGAGAUCAUCAGGCCAAGUCAGAGGCUCUCAUCUCUCGAGAAAGAAAUGCUAUUGAGCGACUUCAUAAACAGCAAGAGAUUGAUGCAAAGGAAAUUUACUUGCAAAGACAAACCUUACUAAAAGAUAUUGAAACAGUAAGAAGCCGAGAGGAAGAACUGAAGAAGAGAAUAGAAGCUUUUGAAAUAGCUCAAAAGCUUCAAGAAUCAAAGAAUAAAACUGUUGAAGAUUCACUUCAUCGGCGGGAGAUUAAUGUGAAGAACAUUGAGGAGACCUAUGACCAGAAGUUGAGGAAUGAGCUGUUAAAAUAUCAACUUGAAUUAAAAGAAGAAUACAUAACCAGGACAAAAAAGUUUGCUGAAAAUGAGACAGAACAAAAAGAAAAGGCUAUGCUUUUGCAUGAAGAGACUAUUGCGCUUAAUUCAAAAAAGCAAGAAUUCAGCCAAGCUGUUUUGCGUGCAAAAGAACUUGAGCUGGAAAAAGAUUCAGUCAAGGUUCAAGUUUUAUUACUAAACAAACAAAAUCAGUUGUUGACUGAAAAAUUGAAAGAAGUUUCAAAUUAUCAUACACUAAAAAAGGAGAAAAUAGAGUAUCAAGCACAAAAUAAACUACUUGAACAGCAGCUGGAGGAAGCACACAAUGAAAACCUACUGCUCCAAGACAAGCUAAGUCGUCCAUCAUCUGGCUUUAUGGUCCUUCAGGCAGAGUUAAAAAGAAUAGAACAUGCCAAAAAGCUUGACUGUGAGGAGUCUGAAACUCAUAAACAGAUCUUGGAAAAACGGUUACAAAAGGAGAUGGAUCACUGUAUACAGUUAAAGGCCCAGUUGUCAGACUAUGAAAAUACCAUCAGGAAGUUAAAUGUACAGAUAGAAGAAUUAAAGUUACAAUGGAAGCAAACACAGACAGCACUACAAAAUGAAGUAUAUCGGAAUCCUAAGCCUUCUCUGGUUGAUCGUUCAGUCAUUGACUUGAUUGAUGAAAAGGUUGUUCCACAUGAUAUUUAUAUAGAUCAUGCUUUCUUGAAAAAGCCUGUGACCGAUGUUGGAAUGGGAAAUACAGCAAGUCCCAAUCAUUACAAUCACAUUGUAAAAUUCAACACAUCACCAGAUUCUGAUUUAGAAUUUGUAGCUACUACAAAAGCUAGGAUAAAAGAACUGGAAAGAGAAGCUGAGUACUUGCAAGAGGCCUACAGGAAUUACCAGCACAAAGUCACUCAAAGAGCAAUUGACCCAACAAAGAUCCCAUCAUCUUCCCAAUCACCAAGUAACCGUAUCCUAGCAUCUCAACACAGAAAGAGAUCUAUACAGGAGAAUUUGUUGUCUCGGGAACAUUCCUUUCACUUUCAAAAAAGUAAAAGCUAUACCUGGUCAUCAGGAAAUGAAAAUCAUUUUAGUACCACUCCAAAAAAACUUUCCAGGCGCCUCUCUUCUACUCCUGUUUCCAAAGCAAGGUGGAACAUCAGUAAAAAUCUGUUUAAUGAAGAUAUCACUGGCUCGUCUCUUGCAGUUCCUCUUGAGAAUACUAAUCAGCCUCUGUCUCCUAUUUUAAGAAUAGGAGACUGCGCAUCUCCUGAUUCAGCUUGUUCAUCCCCACUUCCCAAUAAACAAAAGUUAAGUCUAUAUCAAGAACUAGAGAAUCAUCAAAAUAUUAGCAACACUGCAAAUCCUGUAAAGUUGUUGGAUGAAGACCAAGAAAACCACAAUCUUGCUAGUGAUUAUCAAGAGGACAUUCCAGAACAGCUCAAAAGCAAUGUGUCACAUCCAUCUGGAGACAUAGUUAGUUGGAACCAUGUUCCAGCCUCCAUGCAAGCAAUAGGCAUUUCACAGUGGGAGAUAAGUGGAACAGAGAAAACUGUCCUAGAGGGAAGACAUCAUGAAGAACAAAAGGAGUCAGAAUUGGAAGAAGAAAGUGCCAAAGAAGAGAAAACACAAAAUGAGAGGUCUUUGGAAAGAGACCAAGGAGAACCAGAGAAACCAGAUAAAGAAAUACGUAUCCAAGAGUCAUUGGAGAUGAAUGAAGAGGUUCAAAAUGAAAUAGUAACAAAUGUGCAGACAAGUACUCUGAAGUCUGAAGAAUGUUCAGGCGCUGAUGUUUCCAAUCCACUUGAAAAAUACAUGAAAAUAAUACACCAGAAUAAAGAUAAAGAACAGGAAAAAAAGAAGGCUGAGAAAGAAGCAUUUGAAAUAUCACCUGAGGCACUACUAAGCAGUGAAAGGGAGGACAGCGUUAGUGUUGCAGACAUUCCCCAGGAAAGACCUGAUGACAAUUCUUGGUGAAGAUGAGGUAGUGGUAACUGGAAAAAAAUGUGAUUGAUAUGGAAAACAAUCCUUGGGCAGUAAGGAGAAUUAUUUUGAACAACCUUAAAUAUUUAUGUCUAUAAAAUAAUUAAUGAAGAAAUAAUAUAUUGGUAUACAUUGCUGUUAGUAAUAUUGCAGUAUUGCAGGCCUUGAGAGAACAGUUUUGAUACUUUGUAUUAUUUAGAAAAUGUUGCUAUUGUGAACAAACUGCUUAAAUUAUUUUAUUGUAUAAAGUGGACAGAAGGUUUCUUAAAUUGAUUUAAAAAGUUUUUUUUAUUUUAAAUUUAAAUUAAUUUUAAAAAGUAUAUUUUGCUACAAUCAUUAUAGAAGUUGAAAAUUUCUCAGUUUCAAUGUAUCUGGAUUGUAUUGUUCCAUAAUAUUGCAUUCACAAAUAGUGAGUUAUAGCUCUCUGUAGCCAAAGCAUCAUUAACAUUAAUUA